AUGUCAAGCUCAAGAACAGGCUUCAGGGCCAGCGGCGCCUCCUACCAGUGCGCCUGGAAACCGCGUUCAGUCUCUGCACCAUGUCCUCCAGGGCCAUCUCUUCAUUUCUCAGCCAGAACCUCAUCCUCCGACCCAGCAGAACGGCCCCGCAGCCGCGCUCUCCUCUGCACCAGAGGUGCCUCACGGGCGGGGUGGACGCUGGGGAGGGGGCCGGCGGCGCUGCCUUCCCGGGAUUGGUCCCCGAGCCCCGCCAAGGGGGCGCGCCCUGCGCGGGGAGGGGGGAGGCUGCUCGGCGGAAGCGGAAGCCGUGCGCGCCCCGCGUCUCCCCGCGGCCACCCGGGAGCCCCGCGCGCGCACCCACGGACGCCGGACAGUCCAGCGCGCGCACCCCCGCGGAGACCAGGGCGCCAGGCAAGUGCAGCCCCGCGGCCACCCGGGAGCCCCGCGCGCGCACCCACGGACCCCGACAGCCCCGCGCGCGCACCCCCGCGGCCGCUGGGGAGCCCCGCGCGCGCACCCACGGACCCCGACAGCCCCGCGCGCGCACCCCCGCGGCCGCCCGGGAGCCCCGCGCGCGCACCCACGGACCCCGACAGCCCCGCGCGCGCACCCCCGCGGCCGCCGGGGAGCCCCGCGCGCGCACCCACGGACCCCGACAGCCCCGCGCGCGCACCCCCGCGGCCGCCCGGGAGCCCCGCGCGCGCACCCCGCGGAGACCUCAGCCCCCGCGCUCUCCUCUCCCCGGCGCAGAGGCGCAGCCCUGCCCGCCCCGCCAGCCCCGGGGCUCUGCGCCCUCCCCGAGGGGAAGUGGAGGAAGUGGAGCUGCGGGGCCGCGAGCGCCGGAACCUGCCCGCCGUUACCUCCGGCCGCCCGCGGGCAGGUGCAGAGGCCGCAGCAGCCCAGCGCGCCCUCCCCGCGCCGCCGCAUGCCGCCCGCGCCGCCCCCGGUGAGUGGGGUCGCCGGGUCCGCGGGUCGCUGGGUCCGCGGGCGGCGGGCUGGACCGGCCGCUCCCCCGGCCCGAGGACGCGAGGCGCAGGAGGGAAGCGCGCGCCCAGGCUCGGGCCCCGCGACCUCGCCAUGGUUGGCACGAAGCCACCCAGAGCAUUCUACACCCCGGCGCCCCGCAGGUGCCCGUCAUGCGUGUGUCCGGCCAUGGCGCCACUGCCCGGGGACGUGCGCGAACCACGAGUGCGCCCUGGACCCCGACUGGCCUCUCCGUACCAAGGGGCGGGCCGUCCUUUAGUGCCUGGCAUUUCAGAGGGCGGGUUUCAGGAGGACGUGCCGUCUCCAUAA